GGCGCAACAACACCAACGCCAUCUUUAGCUGUCAGGGAAACCAGCGAGGGCAGAGUUGUCGGGCGAGAGAAGUAGGUCACGGCUCCGAAAACAAAACACAGGUGAAGGAAAACCUCGCACCCAAACCCGAAGACUUUGGAUAUCGGCCGACCUUCCGAGACAUCUUCCCCCCCCAUCCCCGGUUUGUUUUAUGGUCCAAUGUGUUUGAUCGGCUGGCUAGCACGAACGCAGUUUUCUUUUGUCGGUCCCGGUUGAUGUGAGGACUCGUCGCCUGUUUUGUUUCUUCUGCCAGCAACGGUCGAAGCUGUAAAAAACCCAGAAUGAAGAGAGUUCUUAAAGAGAACGAGGAGGAAGAUGGAGGUGGCACCAGUGGUGGGCUUCAGGAAGUGGCUUGUAAACAGUCCCGUAAGGAGAGGAAGGAGGAGGCUUGGGAGGUGGAAGGAGCUUACUGGGAGCGUCUACCACAAGAGAUCUUGCUUCACAUCUUCCAGUACUUACCGCUACUGGACCGAGCUUUUGCAUCUCAGGUAUGCCGUGGCUGGAACCAAGCCUUUCACAUGCCAGAGCUGUGGCGGUGCUUUGAGUUUGAGUUAAACCAGCCAGCCACUUCUUACCUGAAGGCCACACACCCAGACCUCAUUAAACAGAUCAUCAAAAGACACUCCAACCAUCUGCAGUAUGUCAGUUUUAAGGUCGACAGUAGCACAGAGUCUGCAGAGGCCGCAUGUGACAUCCUCUCUCAGCUGGUGAAUUGUUCUCUGAAGACUUUGGGACUAAUUUCCACAGCUCGGCCCAGCUUCAUGGAGGUACCCAAGUCUCACUUUAUUUCGGCGCUGACGGUGGUUUUUGUCAACUCCAAGUCCCUAUCCUCCCUGAAGAUUGAUGACACGCCCGUGGAUGAUCCCUCUCUCAAAGUCCUGGUGGCCAAUAACAGCGACACCCUCAAACUGCUAAAAAUGAGCAGCUGUCCUCAUGUUUCACCUGCAGGUAUCCUGUGUGUGGCCGAUCAGUGCCACGGUCUACGAGAACUGGCUCUCAACUAUCACCUGCUGAGCGAUGAGCUGCUCAUCUCCCUCUCAUCAGAGAAGCACGUCCACUUGGAGCAUCUUCGCAUCGACGUAGUGAGCGAGAACCCCGGCCAACACUUCCACACCAUCAAGAAGAGCAGCUGGGACGCCAUGGUACGCCACUCACCAAAGUUCAACUUGGUCAUGUACUUUUUCCUUUACGAGGAUGAGUUCAGCCCUUUCUUCCGCGAUGAAAUUCCUGUGACGCACCUCUACUUUGGCCGCUCUGUCAGUAAAGACGUGUUGGGCCGCGUGGGGCUCAACUGCCCUCGUCUGGUGGAGCUGGUGGUGUGUGCCAAUGGGCUGCGGCCCUUGGACGAAGAGCUGAUCCGCAUUGCCCAGCGCUGCACCCAACUGUCGGCCAUCGGUCUGGGAGAGUGUGAGGUUUCCUGCAGCGCCUUUGUAGAGUUUGUCAAGAUGUGUGGUGAUAGGCUGACGCAGCUUUCCAUCAUGGAGGAGGUACUGGUUCCAGAUCACCGCUACGGACUGGACGACAUUCAUUGGGAGGUGUCAAAGCAUUUGGGUCGGGUCUGGUUUCCAGACAUGAUGCCCACCUGGUAGAGCUUUGGGUGGAAGGGAGUUGUGUGUAUGUGUGUGUGAGCGCAGGAAUGACACUACAAUGGUUUAGAGACACUCCUUUUUGUAGACUUCCCCCAUAUUUUUCUCUCUUUUUCUCACUCUGAAACGGGCCUCUCUUUCCCCAACCCCUCCUAACACUGUCAUGCUGCCUGCCUUCCCUAAAUGAAAGCAUACAUGACAAUCAGUAUGCGUUUGGAUCUGUUUUUGGUAUCAUUAAGCUAUAACGUACAGAAUUUGAUAUGAUUUGUUAUAAAAGACAUGAUUUCAACCCUACCCAAUGGGUCUUCACAUAAGUGGACUUUUUUUUGAAGUUUGUAUAUAUAUGUAAAUACAUGUAUUUUACUCCCACACAUAACAUGAAGCACUUUGCUUUUAGAGCCCUCUGAAAAGGGCCUUGAUUCCUUCUAAGUUGGUUUAUAUUAUACCGAAUCUCUUUACUCCACAAAAAUCAGAUAUAUUUCGUGGUGGGGUGGGGGGAUACUUUGCUCCAUGUGAGGGUUGUUAGUCCAGAUGAACAUGUUAGUCACGAUCAGUCCACUAAAGCAGCAGAUAACCUUCAAAGCGCAACAAAUAAUAAGCUCAUUCUUUUUUAUUGUUCAAGUGUAUUGUCCACUCUUUCACAUCUUUGCUGUCAAAGAGUAUUUCACAGAACAUCACUGUUGCCCUGCCGGCAUUUAGAUGACACUAAAUCAUCUCAUUCAGAAAAAAAAAAAAUUGGAACUUUGUCUCCCUGUCUUCUCUGAUCUGGUGUGGACUAGACUGCAUGGCUCUACCUCCGAUUUGCCGAGGAGAACUUUAUGUAAAGGUUGUGUGCUCUGAAGUGAUGUUGACCGUGAUCAUCGUGGUCUAUAAGUGAUCUUUGGUCAUUUUUUUUUCCAUUGUAAUUGAUACAUUUUUGUGUCGCUUGACCCACUUUUCUCGCUCCCGACAGAUGGGAGAGAGAAAUUCCAUUUCUUGACGUGUUAAGUUAAUGAUAUCAUUAUAGUUUACCUGAUCCCACUGAUGCACUUUUCUCCUAUUGAAGGAUUACAGUUUUAGUAAAUUAAGACGCAAUGCCGUCAGAGUAUGAAAUUAACACUUGCUGCAGUUGAAAGCUGGUCGACUCAUUUCAUUUUUAACAUGUGCCUGCACAUUGUUUUUAAUGACAAUAAAUUGAAUUGAAUUGGGCUGUGCUGGUAAUUGUCAGUUUUCAGUUCUACAAGCCUCUUUCAUGGGUAGCUAGCUUGUCUGCGAUCAGUCCUUCCUAUUCUAAAAAUGUCCUUGGCUACUAAGAAAUCAAGUGGCGACAAAUUUGUUAAUUUCCUGCUCUGAGUGUCUCCAUUGCCAGUUUUUUGCAGUAAAACCUAUUUCCAGAUGAAGUGCUGCAGGAAAUGCAUAAACCUUUCAUACUCAACAGCAACAUCGGUAAUUACACUUUCAGUCCAUGUAGACAGAUGUUUGCGUAAAAAAGAUGAAAAUAACCAAAAAAAAAAUUGUUUUGUGCACAAGGAUUUUUCUAAGACCAUGUAUUUCAAGUGCAGGGGCUGCACAAUUAUAAAAAUGCAAGGCUAAUCACAUUAAUUUUCCAAAUAUUUAGAGACCAUCAAACAGACCGUUGGCUCGGUACUAUUGGGUACUAUUGACUCUCCCUACAGUGCUGAUUAUACAUGUGGAUGUGGUUUUGUAGUAUCUAUUUUAUGUUGUUUGUCAGUACAACACUGUAAAUGGAUCAUAGCAGUUCGUAUCACCCCGAACUUUAGUGUUUGUGUGGAUGCCACAUCCAAGUCAAUCUCUGUGUUGUGGUUGAAACAAACAAUAAUAGCCUUGAUUAUUUUGUAUUUUUUUUUAAUUAAUUGUGCAGCCCUGAACACCGGGUAGUUUGGCAGCUGAAUGUUGAAGAAAUUGAAUGUUUGCCUGAAUCUGUAAGUAUGAACAAUCAAAUAUUUUUAUUUUAUGGUUUUCUGUUUGUUUUUUUGUAGUGGGGAGAAGUAAGGUGAGGAUAUGUCCUAAAGGUGGACUAAUUAAUGACGUUGCCUUUGGACAUUACAGAAAAAUAUGUCCCCAUUGUAUUGUGCUAUAAGAGAGAUCUAUUUGUAAAUCACGUUUUUGGCCGGGUGGAUAUUCACUUAAGUUAUGCACCCUGUGUAUUUUGUUUUAAAAUGUUCAUGAAAAAGUUUUAAGCGCUAUGAAAUUAUUUCUAUAGUAGAUCUGGUGGGGAUCUGUUGCCUCUUAAAUCUGCUCUCUGUCUUACCAUUAACGCCAGAAGAGGCCAGGUUUGGACUUGACCCUUUCUCUGUUUUACGUUUUGGUUGAGUGUUUAAAAAGAAAAUCCCGUACAAUGUAAAGGUUGAUAUUAACUGCAUUUGUAUUCAUUGCUUAUAGCUGGUUGUAAUUCUCAGAUAGUGGCAGAGUAAGAGCUACAAUUUGAUGUAUGUACAUAUACAGCGUGUUUCUUUUUUGUUUUUUUUGUUGUUUUUUUUACAUUUUACCAAAAUCAGGCCAUAUCAGAAUGACACCGAUAGAGGACAUGAUGUUUUAAAAGAUUUCCCGGAAAAUUAAUUUCUUGUAUCUUUCCCAAAUAGGACGAUCAUAUGAGUGAAGUUCAUUGUCACAUUAAAAAAUGUCAAUUACUUAAAUCUGAACCUUCUUAUGCCGGGCAAGGUUGCGCCACUCGGCUCGUGGUCGAACUCCUCCCUCGGAGCUCCUAUAAGAAUUGUUUUAAGAUAACACAAACCUUCUGAGAGCUAAAGCUUUUGACUUUUCAGUCCCAAGAUAAUCAGCACAUUAAGUAGAAUAAAGCAAAUCUCUCGGAAAAAGAAUGAAGAUUCUCAAAGCUGAUCAAUCAGACUGAUUGGAAAUAAAACAGACUUAUUUGUACGGAGACUAAUCAUUACCAGCAGUGGGAAAUUGGGGGGGGGGUUCCAACACAAUCUCGCUCCAAUAUGGGAGAAAGUGUCAUGUCUAGCUGUUUCUAGAUGUCCCCCUGUACGUAAAACAGAAUUACAUCUCGUACAACAAAAAUAAAACCAUAGGCAAUUGUGUGUUGUUUUCUGUGUGAUUUCAGUUAACUGAAGCAGGUCUGUAAAUGUGCUAAUCAAUCAAUCAGAUUUUAUUUGUAUAGCACUUUUCAUACAAACAAAUGUAACACAAAGUGCUUCACACAAUAAAACAAUGAAAUCAACAACCCCCCCCCUCACAAUAAAUAAAUAAAAGUACAGGCAAAUUCUAGAAAAGUACAAACAAGUUUAAAACUGAGUUAGUGAAAUAAAUAAAAGUGCCAUAAACACAGAUUAAUUAAAAGUAACAACAGAGCAGAUUAUAUAAAAAUAGCAAUAUAAAACACACACACACACACACAUUAUGAAUUUAGCUGUAGGCUGUUUUGAAAAGUAAGCUUUUUAACCUGCUUUUAAAUGUGUCCAGUUUGGGGGGCCUCUCUCAGGUCCUCAGGUCCUCAUCCUCUUGG